AUGUUGGUGCUGGUAUUAGGAGACCUGCACAUUCCACACCGGAGCAACAGUUUGCCAGCUAAAUUCAAAAAACCGCUGGUGCCAGGAAAGAUUCAGCACACUCUCUGCACUGGAAACCUCUGUACCAAAGAGAGUUAUGACUAUCUCCAGACUCUGGCUGGUGAUGUUUAUAUUGUGAGAGGAGACUCCGAUGAGAAACAUUAUUCCUUCAUUUGUGUUGAUGGAUAUCCAGGCUUCUACAGUUGUCACUUGUGUGUAUCAGCUAAUUAG